CCCGUGCCACGAUGAGCGCGGCGGCGGUGGCGGCCGAGGUGGAGGAGCGCGUCGCCCGGCGAUACGACAUCAAGCGGCGGCUCGGCAAGGGGGCCUACGGGAUCGUGUGGAAGGCCGUUGACCGCAAGACGGGGCAGAUCGUGGCCGUCAAGAAGAUCUUCGACGCCUUCAGGAACCGCACCGACGCCCAGAGAACAUUCAGAGAAAUAAUGUUCUUGCAGGAAUUUGGAGAACACCCAAACAUCAUUAAGCUCCUGAACGUCAUCCGGGCUCAGAACGACAAGGAUAUAUACCUGGUUUUUGAAUCCAUGGAGACAGAUUUGCAUGCUGUGAUUAAGAAGGGGAAUUUACUGAAAGAUAUUCACAAGUGUUACAUCCUGCAUCAGCUCCUGAAAGCCACCAAAUUCAUACACUCAGGAAACGUCAUUCACAGGGACCAGAAGCCUUCCAAUAUCCUGCUGGACGCAGACUGCUUUGUUAAGUUGUGUGACUUUGGACUGGCACGUUCCUUGUGCCAAAUCCACAAGGAUCAUGGCAACCAAGCGCUUACUGAAUAUGUUGCCACUCGCUGGUACAGGGCCCCUGAGAUUCUGCUUGCUUCUCAUAGCUACACCAAGGGCGUGGACAUGUGGAGCAUUGGCUGCAUUUUGGGGGAAAUGCUGCUUGGGAAGCCCCUGUUCCCAGGAACAUCCACCGUCAACCAAAUUGAGCAGAUCUUGCGUGUCAUUCCUCAUCCGUCCCCAGAAGAUGUUGCAGCCUUCCGUUCAGACUACAGAGCCUCGAUUAUCAGCCGCCUGAGCUCCCAGCAAAGGGUGUCUCUUGAGGACAUCUUACCCCGCUCGACUCCUCCUCAGGCCGUUGACCUUCUGAAAAGGCUCUUGGUUUUUAACCCUGACAAGCGACUGACGGCAGAAGAGGCCCUGAAACAUCCCUAUGUGCAAAGGUUCCAUUGUCCCGCCAAAGAGCCCGCUCUGGACUACAAUGUGAUCCUCCCCCUGGAUGAUGACUUGCAGCUCUCUGUGGCAGAGUAUCGCAAUAAGCUGUAUGAGAUUAUUUUGGGAAGGAAGGCAGCCAACCAGCAUCAGAAGCAGCAGCAGCAGCAGCAGCUCCAAAGGAAGACUCUGCAGCCCAGCUCCUCUGAGCCUCAUCUCCCGUCCGCUGCCUCUCCAUGUAGGGAGCAGGGAAUGCUACAGCCCCUUCCACCAAGUGGCUCUCCCAGGGUGCCAUCAGGAGCUGUGGUUCCUCACGAAGUCUCCCUCCAGAGCACCCGUGACAUAAGACGGCUCUGCCCGAGGCCAGCAGUGCGUUCCACAGGGUGCGACCCCCUCGCCCACGUCAGCGCCAACACCGGUCCGUGGCACCCUGGCUUCUUGGCAAGGAAUCGCUCUGCUCCAUUUGCUUCCCACCAGGCCCCCUCCUCCUUCCACAGGCGGCCAGGGAGGCCGGCAUCCUGGGAGCCAGCGCUCCAUCCUGCUCCAGCCGCAGGCACAGAAGAGCUCCAUGGGGCACUGAAGGGACCUGAGGGCCGAAGGCAGCCCACACCCUCCCACAUGAGGAGGCCCUUCUCACUCUCUGACCAGGCCCAGGAAGCUGCUCUCAACCACCUCUUGAUCAGGAAGCAGUCUUCUCCCAGCAAGGUUGCAGCUGAGCACCCGAAUUCAAAGACCUCUGAGGCUCACAGCAAGGAAGUCCAUCCCAUUCCGAAGCCCAGUAGAAAGAUGUUCCAGGUCACAGCAAACAUAGGAGCAGCUGGUGACCCCCGGGCCUGCCUGGGCAGUUACUCCCAGUCCUAUGGGACCAUCUGCAAGUCUGCCCUGCAGAACCUGCCUGUGCCACACUCCUGCCUUCAGGCACUGGCCCCGAGCGGGCAGAAGCGUUGACGGAUGCAGAGCCGGGUACAGAGCAGAACACUUAGGCCACCCUUCCCUCAGGGAGGGAGGGGAGAGGACCGCAGAGGCCUUUCUCUGCUCUGCUCAUCUGCACCAGUCCAAAUUGGCUCCUCUUCACUCUGCCCAUAGUUGCAUUAAAAAAAGAAGAGACAGCCCUCUCAGGAAGCCCCCAAAGAAGGGGGAAAGACUUUGAUUCUUGGAGUCUUCUGCGCCUUUUCAUGUCCAGGGAAACCAACGUGUGUGAGUUUUUUUUCCUCAGUCCCACUGGUUCAUCUUUGUAAGCAUCUCAAUAAGGAAACUUUUAAUAGGGCCCUUUCACAAGGAAACAUUUGGGUUUUCUGCUGCAGAGAGCAUCAUCCAGUAAAUAGUAAGGAUUUGGUUUCUCUCCA